ACCACGGGAUAACGAGGGGGAUAAUCGGCCAAGUGACAUUGAUGUGCUACGCAAUACUGUAGAUAAUCCUCAAUAAUGCAAGUGCCGGCAUCUGGGAGCGUCGGGCUGUUGGGUGCGCUCGAUGUCGCAUUGCCGGCAGCUAGAUUUGUGGGAGCGCCCAGCGUCACUAAGCUGGAAAGCGGGUAUUUGCUGCCCGGCGAGGUCCUGCGCUGGCACUGGGCUGAAGGACGCUCGGAGCGGGAGGCGCAAGCGCAGGCGCAGCCGGCGACUGCCACACGUCACGGUGGCGCAGGGUCAAGCCGCGGCCAAGGCCUGGGCCAGCAGGGCCACGGCGGCGGCGGCAGCGCUGAGACUCUACUAGGCGCCAUCACACAGCAUCCGCGAGAUGGCGAGUAUGUACAAGCGAAGGUGGCGACCCUGCAUGAACACUACCACGUGACGGACCAUGAGGUACGGCACCUCAGACGUGAGUCAGACGUGAAGUCAGCCGUCAGCGCCCACAUCUGCAACCGGGUGCUUGAAAAGCUUGCCGAAUGCAGCUGCCAUCUGCAAGAAGGUGGCUGGGAGCCGGAGUACCAGAACGAGUACUCUCACAGCAAAGCAGUGGAGCGCCAACUGUGCGGCGAGGCGCCGCACGGCCUCCUGGGUGACGAGCAGCUGGGGGCGGGCGAGGGUGUAGCAGCUGUGCCGGCGGGCAGUUCGGGGGUGCGCUCCCUGGCCCGGGAGGCUCCUCCUGCUGCGGGUACCGGCGCGCGCACACGCAACGCCACCUCAAGCGACAGCGGGCGUCGGACGGACCUCACGCUGGUGUUGGUCAAGCAGCCGCAGCAGCGUGACCAGCAGCAGACGCAAGCCCUGUGCCCGGAGCCGGAAGAGGAGCGGCCAGUGCUGGUGCUGGAGGUGAAGCGGUUGGCUACGCUGAUGGCACCCGACGGCACCCCGUUUGACCUCAUGGGGCUGUACGACUUGGAGCAGCGCGGAAUUACAGCGUCGGGAACAGGCGCGCCCAAGGUGGCGCCAAUGUUUGCUCAGCUGUACACGUCCCUGAUUGGCUUCGGCCUGUGCCACGGCGCUCUCACGUGCUAUGGAGCCACCUGUCUGGUGUACGUGCCGCUCUGGAACCGGGAGCGCAUGUACGUGUCGGAGCCGAUCCUGGCCACCGCCAGCGGGCCCACCACGCUGCUGCGGGCGCUGUCGUGGCUGCAGCAGCAGGCGCUCCGCUUCGCCAUGUCCCAGGAGUACCCCGCUGACCCGCCGCCGCCGCCGCCGCAGCAGCAGCAGCAGCAGCGGGAGCUGUGGCGCAGCAGCCGCCGCCACGUUGGCGGCGGGGCGCCUGGCGGUGGCGGCCAGGCGGCGGGCGGCGGUGGCGGCCAGCCCGGCCAGGGUGAUGACGACGGUUACGGCGGGCCCUGCAGCGGGGGAACCACCUCCAGCUCUGGCAACGAUACCGAUUGCGUCCCAUCCAGGGCGUCGCUGGAGGCCGCGAGAAGGUGUACGCAGCUGCCGCGGGCUGCGGCGGCCCUUGAGCCUGCAGGAGCCAGUGCAGCUGCCGAUGGCGGUGCGGCGGCGGCUACUGCAGGCGGCAGCGGCAGCGGCAGCGGCACCGGCGGCCCAGCUGCCACGGCGGCCCAACCAGAGGUGCUGGCGCAGCUGUGGUUCCGGUCCGUCAUGGCCGGGGGCCGUGAUGGGACCGUCUACGAUGGCGUGCUUGGUGCCGCCGGCGGCGCGGUCGGCGGCACGCCCGUGGUGAUCAAGGUCUACUGCUGCUGGGACCCGCAGCAGGCGGCGGCGUACCCGCGGGAAGUCGCCGCCUACCGGGCGCUGUCCCGGCUGCAGGGCAGCUGGAUACCCCGGGUGCUGGCGAGCGGCCGCCUGGCGGGCAACCUGUCCCGCCUGCGCUGCCUGGUGAUGGAGCCGGUGGCUGGCGGCCAGCGCCUGUCCGACUACCCGGAGCGGCCCUUCCCCGGUGCUGUGGUGGAAGCAGCGCUGAACGCGCUGCGGCAGGCGCACAGCGUCGCGGGCUUCCUGCACGGCGACAUCCGGCUGGAGAACAUGCUGCUGGUCACGGCCGCGGCAGGUGACGGCGGCAGCAGCGGCGGGGCUGGGAAGAAGCGGGGCCGGGAAGGAGGAAGUGGCGGGCCGGCCAUCGCAGGCGGCGGAGGCACCAGUGGAGGUGCCAGCAGCAGCAGCAGCGGGGUCGCCGGGGCGGGGCAGCGGUGCGUGCUGCUGGACUUUGGCGGCUCGCGGCUGGACGGCACUGCGGCUAAGCAGGCGGCCGAGCUGGCGGAGCUGCGAUGGCUGCUGGGCGUGGGGCGUUGAAGGAGUGGGCCGCCUCUGAGGCCUAAAGGGCGCUGUGAACUGCAUAGUACGUUCAGCCGGUGCUGCUGUUGGUGUGACAUGUAUUGCUGGUCGCCGUGCGUGUGUGCAUCACCGGCAAAGCAGAAAGGUUUGCUUGCAUUCAUUCAUUGAUGCAUGGGUUGCGUGGGAGAGUGGUCUGCACGGGCUGGCGUUUGCGCGUUUCGCAGGAUUGCAUUUGUGUGUUCGUGCCAGACUUUGCAAGGGCGCCAUCACUCCAGAGUGUUGAGUAGCAUGCAGCUGUGAACCGCAGCAACCUGUGUUGCCGUUUGUGUCCUGAAUAAAGCGUUGGAAGGGGUACCAGCUAAAAAGUGACGACGGGUGUCGGCGAACUGGCGCAACCAUUGCUGCAUGCAUACCUUGUCGGGAUGGAUGGCGCUCCGGGUCCACGCGUCUUCCUUUGCGGCUUUGAGAAAGGAGGUCUGUUGAAUGCCGCGCGCGCCGGGCUGAUAGGCGGCCAGGUUGAAGGACAUAUCUGCGCCGGCGUCACAUGGGCGAACGUGAACGAAACAGUUGGCGGUAGCAGCGGUACGGGCGUCACCGAACAGAGUGCCGAGGUAGGAGCGGUCUGUGCGAGUGACUGCCAAGUCGUCGUAGAAGACUCGUGACAGA